AUGGUGUCCAAAAUUACGUUGUUAUUUGGCUUUUCGGCAUUAGUGCUGUUGAUACUCCAGACGGUAUCCAUAGCAACACCAAACUGGUUCGUUGUUGAUGGAAAUGGACAAACAUAUAUAACAGUUGGAUUGUUUGAUGUCUGUGUGACAGGCAGAGAAUGUCUAUCAUACAUCGAGUAUGUGUUCAAACAGCAGAGCCCUUCAUUUAGCUACAUAGCCUUUAUAGGACUGAAUGUGCUGGGAUGUGUCUUCAACUUUGUAUCCAUCGUCAUGUGUUUUGCUCACGCAGUCUCCGGAAAACCUUGUCACGAAAGAUCCUUCAUCCAGAGGACGGCUUCUUUGUGGAUCACUUCGGGUUCGCUUCUUCUUGGUGCUGUCGUCUGGAUUUAUUUAUCUUUGAUAGAUGUCGGCUUAAAUGAUGUACUCACCGACCUUUCAAUCACGCCCGGCUAUUCUUUCUACAUUGCAUGUCUUGUGGCAGUACUCCAUUUGGUUGCAGCCAUCGCCAUGUUCAUCCAUGCCAACCGUAUGCCUGUACCUCCGAUGACAACUGGUUUCGUAACCGCUGCAGCUCCUCCAAUGCUUGUAAUGCAGACAAAUACUAUCGCUAACCCACCUGUUAGUAAACCAGAACACCCUCAAAACAUCCAAACCGACGUGCAGACUUCUGCCUCAUAUGGAUUACCCCAGAGCCAUCCAUCAUAUGGAUACGACCAAGCAUGAAAGAAUUGAGCAAUAUCUGCCUGACAUACAUUAUUUUUUUUUUGACGUGUUUUCAUUCCAUUUAAUUUUUGAUGUUUCCAGUUUAUCAUAAGUGUUAACGGAUCGCAAACCCUAUUGACCAAAAACUCUGCUCCCGUGCGACAAUUAUAUAUGAUCUACCGUAAUAACCAGUAUAUGCUAUUUGUAUUAUUAUUUCAAACCGUAUUCAUAUAUAUGAUUAAUACAAUCUAAAUCCAGCUUGAUCAGAUUAUCUUCCUGUUACAUCGUGUAAUAAUUUUACGUAAAUGCCACUAAUGUACCAUAACCUGGGGUUUUUGUCAUUGGCUGUGCCGGCCAGGAAUCAAUUGUAGACGAUAUCAAUUUAAAAGGACACAGCAAAAUGGAUGUCUUCCUUAUCUUGUUCAUUUUAACACAUUCUGGACAUUUUUGAUUUUGAACCUGUCUAAAUGUAGCUUUUCUAAUUUAUAUCAUUUUUUUUUCAUAUGAGAUUUUAAAAAUCUGUCUCGAAGAUUUAAGUUUUGUUCAGCAAAUCUUGCAAAUAUGCAAUUCUAAGACUUAUUUCAUAAAAUAGAUCAACUUUUAACAGUUCUGAUCACUGUUUUGAUAUCCACUGAAUGUACCCAAGUAAUAUAUUUGCGUAUGGCAGAUGUGUAAUACAGCUUUUUGUGACGUCAGGUGAAAACAUCACACACUCACAGAUUGCCUCGUGAUGUAACAAUAGUGAUCAUAAAUAUGGAAUAACUUCAAGUGUGACCUAAAAAUGGCCGCUUUCAUCGAUAUUUGCUCGACUGAACGUAAUCAUGAUCAAUGCGAUAUAUGAUUUAUGAAACAAAUUUUCAUUUUAACUCGCAAAAUGCUAAAAUUGAAAAUCCUAUGAUGUAAUUCAUGAAAAAAAUAAAUUUAGAUUUCUAUAC